UUUCUCGCGUUUUGUUUCAGUGCGGCACAGAAGUAGUUCACCCGCAGCGAUGUCGUUUUGCUCUUUUUUCGGCGGAGAGGUCUUUAAAGACCACUUCAAACCAGGGAUUUAUGUUUGCUCCAAGUGUGACCAUGAGCUGUUCUCCAGUCGCUCCAAGUAUGAGCACUCCUCUCCCUGGCCGGCCUUCACAGAAACCAUCCAUAAAAACAGUGUAUCCAAAUAUGAGGAGAGGCCUGGUGCCUAUAAGGUCAAGUGCGGUAGCUGUGGAAACGGACUGGGGCAUGAAUUUGUGAAUGACGGUCCGGCCAAGGGGGUUUCCCGCUUCUGAAUAUUCAGCAGCUCACUGAAGUUCGUCCCUAAAGAUAAGGUUGAUGGACAAUAAGGUGAGCUGUGAAGAGCUGAAGGAUUAGAAGCUUCUCUGUUCUGCUCUUGGUGCAGGCAAUGAAUGACAUGUUCUGGGACAAAGUCCUAUAGGAAACCCCAGGACUCUGAUGAAUAAUGGCCUCACCAGAGAGCAAGGACGAGGGUGGUGGAUGGAAACCCUUCAAUUAUGCACUUAACACAGAUCAAACUAAUAGACCUACCGUACAAAAUCACACCGUAAUGCAAACACAGACUUUUAAUAACAAGUUGGUGUUUUCUCUUCCAACCUGUGAGAAAGAAAUGAGAGAAAUCUUUUGUAGAGGUCAUCAUGAUAUUUUUUUUAUCGUAUAAGAUGUAAUGAUAAUUAGCUUAUCCUAUGAAAUACUUAUUUUAUGCAGACUGUGGACAUUGUUUCCGAUUGUUUGAAAUAAAAUAAUA